AUACAGACUGUUUUUGAGAACUGAACUGACAGCUUUGCAGAGGUAGAAUAUUUUGAGAGAGAAUACUCCGACUGAAGAAAUUCUUUCCAAUCAGAUUUCCUGAGGUAAUAACUAAAAAGAAAAAAGAAUGUUUCAGUGGAAAAGAAUCACAAUUUUGUUUUGUGGUGCCAUUAUUUUCCUGUAUGCUAUGUGGAUUUACAGUUUGAAUAUUAAAGACAUCGAACCAACGGAACCAAAACCACUCCACGAAUUCUUGGUUUAUUCGACAGCAUGUCAGAUUCCAGCCAUUGAUCCAUUCGACAUUUCCGUAUAUAAAUAUUUCUCAAAAAGCGUAUGGCGGCCCUGCCCGGGUAUUGCCUCUCUGACGUACCAAGAGGAUAACGUUUUAAGAAUUAAUAAAACCCUCAUCAAACAGGAGUAUAAAAACAAUUUUCAGUUGUGUAAAAUAUAUCCAAUUGUGCGGAAGGAUAUUGACGACAAUCAUAUCGAAUACAUGGACGAAUCGUUACAGUUUAAAUCAGACGUGAAUGUAUCUCAUGAAUUUAUAAAAGUUCAAUGCUUUAAUAGAGACAAUAAAAUUAUUUACACCAAUUUCCAUGCAUUUGUCCAAAGGAAGGAAUCGCUGCUUGAGAAAAAGAAUCCAACUUAUAUUCUUGAACAUAAAAUUUCAAAACAUCCAAAGAAAAAUACGAUUUUAACAAACAAGCUUUCACUGAAUGUUCUUUUAAUUGGAGUUGAUUCAGUUUCCCGAUUGAAUUUCAUACGGCAAAUGCCACUUACUCGUCAGUUUUUAUUAAAGCAUGGAGCAUUUGAAAUGUUUGGUUACAAUAAAGUGGCUGAUAAUACAUUUCUCAAUAUGGUGCCAUUUCUUACUGGUAAGUAUGUAGAAGAACUACUUGGUCCACAUAAAUCUGCGUCGAAGCCUUUUGACAAACACGAUAUACUUUGGAAACAUUACAAUAAAUCCGGUUACGUAACUAUGUUUGCAGAAGAUUUACCAUCUGGAGCAACGUUUAACUAUUUGAGAUAUGGUUUUAAAAAACAACCGACUGAUCAUUAUUUCAGGCCAUUUGCCCUGGCAAUGGCUGAACAACGUUCCUUCUGGUCAAAUAAAUGGUAUUGUUUCGGUAAUCGUAUGGAAGCAGCGAUAGUUCUACAAUAUACACACGAUUUCAUUAGAGUGUAUAAAGAUAAACCGUAUUUCUCCCUAACAUUUAUUACACGUGUUUCACAUGAUGACAUGAAUGAAGCAGGACGAGGUGAUCUUGAAUAUCUGAGGAUCCUUGAGAAAUCUUUUAGUCAAAAUCUACUCAAAAAUACCAUUUUGUUUUUCUUUUCUGAUCAUGGAAUUAGAUUUGGUUCAUUUCGUAAGACUUAUGUUGGGCGACUGGAAGAACGACUUCCUGCUAUGUACAUCCUUCUACCUGAAUGGUUCAGAGAUAAAUUCCCGACAUUAUGGAAUAAUCUUAAAGUAAACACUCGCAGACUAACGACACCUUUUGAUAUCUAUGAAACCCUACAAGAUAUCUUAGAUAUCGAAAAAGCAGCAGAACGUUCUAAAUCUAAUGAAAUUGACUAUAAAAAUCUCAAACGAAUCAGCCUGUUCAAAAAGGUCCCUUUAAAUCGUUCUUGCGAGGCAGCAACUAUUAAACCACACUGGUGUACAUGUCACGUCUUUACUCCAGUUGCUGUUGAUGACAACAUUGUAAUUGAAGUAACUAAUUACCUUGUUAAUUAUAUUAACAAUAUGACAUUAAAUUAUAAAAACUUGUGUGCUAGGUUAAAAUUACAGAAAAUAAAAAAUGCUGAAUUUUCAGGAAUGAAUGACAAGGUACUUUCUUUCCUUGGUAAAGGAGUACAGACUUAUAAAGAUUACCGAGUUAUUAUGCAAACGCUUCCCGGGGAAGGUUUAUUUGAAGGAUCGGUAAGGUAUUACGGUGACAAAAAGCGAUUAUCCUUGUUGGGAGAGAUUAGUCGAAUAAACCGUUAUGGACAUCAAUCAGAUUGUAUUCAUCUCAGUCUUUUGAAAAAAUAUUGCUACUGUACAUAAAGGUUUGCAAUAGAUUUUUCUAUGUAUUAUUUGAGAGUACAUACAUACAUACAUACCCUACUAGUAUCCUUCGACGUAAUUAACCUUUAUUCAAACAUCCCUCACACCCUAGGAAUAGAAGCGAUCACUUUCUGGCUAAAUAACUACUCCUUUGAACUCCCAACUCGCAUAAAUAAAGAACUUAUAAUAGAAGGACUUAGAUUCAUUUUAGAAAACAAUUACUUUAUUUUUGACAAUAAUUUCUACAGACAAAGAUCGGGAACAGCGAUGGGCACGCGUACUGCGCCUUCUUUUGCCAACCUAGUGAUGGGAUACCGAGAAAAUACUCUACCAGAAAACACUCGAGAAAUAUAGAAA